AUGGCAUUUCAAGCUCCUCCUGCCGUCUGCUCUCUGCCGGCCUAUCAGACGUUUAUGCCGCUUUCUGGCUUUUCCCCUGCUCUUGGAUACUGUUCCACGACAUCGCUUCUCGACAAAAGGACGGAUCGCAUUGCUACCAGUCUCCGUACGUCGCGUGACGUCCAAUGCCCUGCAGGAGAUAACUAUCUGUGCGAUUUGCUGUCUGAGUUGGAGGCCUCUGAUCACGAGUUCGCUCGUGGUGUGUGCUGCUGUAUUGGGGUCUGCCUUGAGACACAACCAACGGCCUUCGUCACAGUCUCCAUGACCACACCGAUGACGAUAUCGAGCAUCUCAACACCCCAGGUAUCUCUUAGUAGUACAUCAAACGCCAAUUCAAAUACUGUCACUGGUUCUAAUCCCAUUGCCUCGACGACAUCCGCAACCUCAAGCAUUACCAGCAGCAGCGUUUCCACAAUACCACGCGGAACCUCUUCUAGCUCUUCGUCAAGCACCUCGCUUUCCUCCAGUAGUACCGGUAGUGGCGUGUUAUCUACACCAAGCUCGACAUCUAUCAGUGGCAUAUCUAGCAGCUCCUCCAGCAGCAGCAGCAGCCCCUCCAGCAGCCCUUCCAGCAACCCUUCCAGCACCUCUUCCAGCAGCUCCUCCAGCAGCACUGCCACCUGCCCUACCACCAUCACUGCUGAUCCAUCGUGCACCUCUAUCGCCGUUGCGGCAGGAGUAACAGUUACAUACACUGAAUACUAUUCCGGCCAAUAUACCAUUGAAGCCACCGACAAUCCCGGCAAUGAUCAAGCGGACUUUCCUCCUAUAUACAACUCAAUGUCAGGCACUCUUGACAUGUGUGAUGCCGCCACCAAUUGCGCCAAUAUCGCCGAUAGUGCUACAUCUACCGAAAACACCGUCUAUUAUUCCUUCGACUUACAUUAUCUCGCAUCAAAUGCGACAUGGGAGUGCGUGCUGUAUUACGAUCCUAAUACAGAUACGAGUUACUUCAGUGUGGCAGAUACGGAUGCGUGUCUUUCCUUUGGCUUUUCUCAGCCAAGUUGA